AUGGCAGGAGUAUAUACUGGUGCAGUUACCCUGAUAUGGGCUAUGGUUGAGCUUGCUAGGAAUCCUGAAAUAAUGAAGAAUGCACAAGAAGAAGUUAGAAAUGUAGUGCGCAAUAGAGAAAGAGUGGCAGAAAUGAUUUCCAAUUUUAAGAUCAACGAUUGUGACAUUUAUCCCAAAUCACUGAUCCAUGUCAACGUUUGGGCAAUUGGAAGAGAUCCUAACUACUGGAAGGACCCUGAAGAUUUGUUUCCUGAAAAGUUUAUUGAUAGCUUCAUCGAUUUCAAAGGGCAACAUUUUGAGCUCUUGCCAUUUGGAGCUGGUAGAAGAGGUUGUCCUGCACUACAUAUGGGAACUGUAUUAAUAGAACUAGCACUUGUAAAUUUGUUACACUGUUUUGAUUCGAAACUACCAAAUGGAGUUCAAGAUAUCAAUAUGGAAGAGCAAGCUCGUCCUAGUCUUACUAUAUCUAAAAUGGACCCUCUCAAACUUGUACCAGUCAGAUACCUUGUUCAGUAG